GUGACCGCUUAUCUGUUGUCCAGAGGCAGCCGGCUCUCUUACAAGGCUUCGGUCGGAGAGUGAAUGCGGUUGAUGCUGCUCUGUUGCACCUGGAAAGACGAACGCAUGGGAGAGGAAGAAGCUGGUGGAAGCUUGCCUGUUUGUGCAGGAUGCAAACAGAGGAUCUAUGAUGAGCAGUACCUGCAGGCCCUCAACACCGACUGGCACACCACCUGCUUUAGGUGUUGUGAGUGCAGUGCGUCACUCUCUCACUGGUACUAUGAAAAAGAUGGCCGGCUCUUCUGCAAGAAGGACUACUGGGCCAAGUUUGGUGAGCUGUGCCAUGGCUGCAAUGACCCCAUCACUACUGGCCUCAUCAUGGUUGCAGGAGAACAGAAGUACCACCCAGAAUGCUUCACCUGUCUGAACUGCAGGGCUUUCAUCGGUGACGGGGACACGUAUGCCCUGGUGGAGAGGUCCAAACUAUACUGUGGUCAUUGUUACUACCAGACUGUCCUGACCCCAGUGUCACUGCCGGACUCACCGUGCUCACGGAUCCCACAUACAGUUACACUGGUGUCCAUCCCGGCCUCCACAGACAGCAGCAAUGGACACAGGGGGCGGGGCUUCUCCGUCGCCAUUGACCAGCCUAUCAGCCCCACUAACGGCUACAGCCCUGAACAUGGGCACACUGUUAGGGUCUCCCAGGUGGAUGCAGACUGCAUCAGUCCUGAUGUGAAAAACUCGAUUCAUGUCGGAGAUAGGAUCCUGGAAAUUAAUGGGACACCCAUUCACAACGUUCCUCUGGAUGAGAUUGACCUGCUGAUCCAGGAGACCAGCCGCCUGCUUCAGCUAACCAUUGAACAUGACCCCCAUGGCCAGGGGCAAGGAGGGGUCUCCCCAGAGUCAGAGGAGCAGGUAGAUGGGCCCCUGCCCACUCCCAUAUCGGAGGGCCCCAGUCCCAUCCUGCCCAUCACCCAGCCCCCCAACCCAGAAAUCAGCAACCUGCGCUCCCGCAUCAUCACGCGGAGCUACAGUAUCGAUAAGUCGCCGUGCUCCAGUAAUGCAGCAUCCCCUCUCUCACAGAGGAAGGACAUCAACCGCUCCGAGUCCCUCCGUGUGGUCUCCAACCGCACACACCGCAUUUUUCGCCCGUCCGACCUCAUCCACGGAGAGGUGUUGGGAAAGGGCUGCUUUGGGCAGGCCAUCAAGGUGACCCACAGGGAGACGGGGGAGGUGAUGGUGAUGAAAGAGUUGAUUCGUUUUGAUGAUGAAACACAGAUGACAUUCCUGAAAGAGGUAAAGGUGAUGCGCUGUUUGGACCACCCCAAUGUGCUCAAGUUCAUUGGGGUCCUGUACAAAGACAAGAGACUCAACUUCAUCGCAGAGUAUAUCAAAGGAGGUACCCUAAGGGACAUCAUCAAGAAAAUGGACAGCAACUAUCCAUGGAACCAGCGAGUCAGCUUUGCCAAGGACAUAGCUAGUGGGAUGGCCUAUCUGCAUUCCAUGAACAUAAUCCACAGAGACCUGAACUCACACAACUGUCUAGUCCGAGAGAACAACACCGUUGUGGUGGCAGACUUCGGUCUUGCACGGCUCAUGGUAGAAGACAAGGAUAAGCUGUCCCAGGGGAAGCUACAGGGCCUGAAGAAGCCCGACCGCAGGAAGAGAUACACUGUGGUGGGCAACCCCUACUGGAUGGCUCCUGAGAUGAUUCAUGGAAAAAGCUACGAUGAGAGAGUGGACAUCUUUUCCUUUGGCAUCAUGCUCUGUGAGAUCAUUGGCAGGGUGAAUGCAGACCCAGACUACCUCCCCAGGGCGAUGGACUUUGGACUGAAUGUGUCUGGCUUCCUGGAACACUUCUGCCCUCCCGACUGUCCUCCUGCCUUUUUCCCCAUGGCUGCUAUUUGCUGUGACCUGGAUGCAGACAAACGCCCUGCUUUCAACAAACUGGAGGAGUGGUUAGAGAACCUGAAGAUGCACCUGGACAUUGGCCUGCCGAUGGUGUCUGAACUGGACCAGCUACACAAGACCUUCUGGGAGAAUCACAGCCUCACACGUACAGAGAACGGCCUGCACCCCCACCCUGAGCAGCCGGAGUAGGCUGGAUAGGACAGGAAGAGCUGGGAAAUACAAAUAACCCCUUAAUGAUGGAGGAGAGGGUCUGGGUAGUACAGCGGCUGCUGAACUCGAGCAGGGGAAUGGCCGGCAUUGCAUUGCCUAAGGGGAGGUGUCUUGUAAAAUUUCAUUCCAUGCCCAGGCAGACGCGGUGGGUAUGGGCUGGCACAGGCUUAACAAGUAAGACUCAGGGGGAAACUUGGAUCUGAAAAGCCACCUGUGCGAUUUGCACACACAUUGAAAAUCAAAUUAAGACACAUUUUUGCUACCAUAGCUUGACUUAAAAUGGAAAGUUCACAUGAAAUCAGACCCAAUUUUGGACUCAUGAAGCAACUACUAAAUCACUUCUCUUCUGGAUUCAAAUUGAAUGGGUUUUCAACAAUCAUGCCAUUCAAAAUUAAUCACUUAAACGUUCAUAUAGUACACUCACUGAUAUAGUGGAGUCUCAUUGAAAACAGUAGGGCAGAAAACAACGCUUUAGCCUCCUCACUUUGGGUCUACAGAGAAACUUGUACAGUAUAUGUACACAAGUGUUUCUGUGUGUGACUUUGGUUUGAUUUGAUAUAAUUUAUGGUUUGGAUGCAAAAGAGCAACUUAAAAAAAUGCAAAGGAGAGGGGCAUGUUUUGUGUGCAAGACACAAAGGCUGAGAUUGGAUCACUGUCCAUUUGUAGAUUAUAGUCAAGCGGAGCCUUUGGAGCUUUAAAAAGCUUAUUGAAAAAAAGUGCAUGACUGUAAAAAAAAAAAACUGUAUGGCCACAUCCUUGUUCAUCACACAGCCUCUCCACACUAAUGCAGUGACCACAUUUGCAGCAGAAUGUAAAUGCUACGCCUGCUUGUGUCCAUUGCGCUGCCCCUCUCCCACACAUUGUGUAGCACUGACUUUACUUUGAGGUACACUUCUUAAACAUAACUUUGGUACAUUGUCGCCCAAUCAUACAAGUUUUUCACUUAUCUUAGUCUACGUUGAGGUAUAAAUCUUCUGCAUCCAAACUCAUACCAUUGUACAUAGCCGGUGACAUUGUAAAUGUUUUUAAAUAUUGUAAAUGUACAGACAUAUUUUAUAUACGUAUGCUACAUUGCCAUAUUUUUAUUGGGCGACCAGUUGAAAUUAAGGAGAGGAAUCCUUUUGACUGCAGUUGACAGGGUGCAGAAAGAAAUUCUUUACAUUUGGCACCAAGGUGGCAACGUCAGGGGCUUGAAGUAUUUCAGAUGAAAUAGGCAUCUCGGCACCCUGAACGUCAUUCUACCCUUAGUUAGCACUCAUACAGUAAGUGUUACACUGUCACGUCCUCUCAAUUCAUCACCUUUUGGUCAUUUCUCAACAUUUAAUUGGUUGGUCUUACGGUCAUCAUGUAAGUUUGGGCACAAAAUUCUGCAUUUGCAUUGCAGCAAAUGCAGGACUGACUAUAGACACAUGAAAAUGAGAAUUAGUCAGGCCCUCAACAUCAGCUUGUUCAGCAGAAUUCAACAUAUUAUGAUAAAACUCCACGAAACCCAACUUGACAGGUUGUAAGGACCACCGGUUGUUAUCAGAUAGAGCUCCAGUCUUUCAUCCCGUGCAGCUGUGGAUGUACAGAAGUGACUGAGACAGGUAACUCCUCAUUGUGUCCCGUGUCUGUAUCUCCUUUUGCGGAGCUCCCCGUGGGAGCGUCCGCUGUUUGUUUACACGUAAAUGCUGGCUGUAAAUAUCUCUGUUCAUGUCUGUCCAUAUAUUUGUCUGUGUGCAUUGCAUAUAUAGGCUCUAUCGCACUCCUCAGAAAUGAUCUCUUUUACUUUCAUAUUUCCCUCUUGCACCUUCGAAUAUUCAAUUUUCUGUCUCCAAACUUAAAUUUUUUUUUUCCAUUUCCAUCUCUUGUUUUCAUGAGCUGCAUGGUGUACCUAGCUGGUUUUCUUUACCUCUGCUACUAAAUCAAGCUAUUUUUGUCUCUACAAAUGGAGAUUUUAAAUAAGAAAACACAGUGAAAGACAAGAAAAAAAAGGUAAUAGAAAGAAAGACUUAAAAGGAAAUGAGGAAAAAAAACACAGCUUCUGUUUUUAUAAAGAACCACUGUAAUCUUUUUGUAUCAAUCUGAGUACUUUUCAUUUGCACUAUAUUACCAAAUGGCUGGUUGAAGCCAUGUUUUUUUUUUUUUUCCUCUUUGGUCUACUUGCAAAAAGAUUUAUUUGACGUUGGUUCAGGUUGAUAUAUAUGAAUGCAAGUCACUGAUAGAGCCUUCAAUUGUAUAAAUGGGUCCUGGGAAAGCCAUCCUCUAGAUAACACGUGAGACCACAUGGAGACCAGUGAAGCCACAAAAAAAAAGAAAUGUGUCUAUCAUAGAUUCAUUUUUUUAUCCCAUGUAAAUCCCGCCAUAGACUGUGUUUCUAAUUUGAUUUUUUAAAUAUAUAAUUGUAACCAUAAGUCUAUGGUAAUAUCGAUUUCACUUCCAAGCCUUAAAAGUGUAAACCAAAAGUGGCGUUGUGUCCAAAUUUGAGAGAUCUUAAAUUUGAGAGAUCUUCAGAGAGGAAAGGUUCACUGGUCUUUGCUAUCAUACGGAUGUGAUGACCCAGCUCUGCCUGCUGCCUACAGACCGGUCCUUUGUGAAUGAUGUUCUGCUCGGUUUCACCAUGAUGUCCAUAGAGGCUUCAACCACUGUUGGUCUCUCAUGUUAAGCGCUCUCCCUCUCCACUGUCUGGGCUCAGGGCCCUAACUUCCAGGAGCAAACUCUACCAAUACGCUAGAGCAGCCAUCAUAAGGGAGCAGUAUCCUGCACUGACUAGCUGCAAGACCCACAAAAAGAGCAUGCAAAAUAUGUAGUCAUAUAAAACCAGUACGCCAGAUGCUCCUGCUUUAGGUAAGCCUGUUUUGACGGUGAUCUGCAUCAGUCUACCUGGGCGGGUCUCCAUGUGUCGAUCUCCAUCCCUGUCUGAGCCAUGUGGAGAGUGAUGGAUAUGCGUCUGUAUGUGUUGGUUGAUGAGAAUGUCGCCGCAGCACUUCUUUGCAAAGGAUCGUUACCUCUGAAUAAUGCUGUGCCUUUGUUUUAAGCUAGCCUUGCCAACGACUCGAAAAAAUGUUCAUUUGAACUGAUUUUUUUUUUGUAUGAUAAGUGCAAGCGUGAUUCAAAUGGAUUUGAUAUCAUUGCUGAAACUGUGUUUUAUGAGAUUUCCUCUUAUUCUGUAUCAUAUUUAUAUUUUCCAGAUCUUCAUUGUCAGUUUUAAUAUUUUAGGAUUAUAUUUCUUGUUGGUCUUAUUUAAUUUUUAUUUUUUUUACACAAGCUGUGAAAACGAUUCUGCACUUUAAUCCUGAACGUAAACAUUUAGACUCUGAGGAGGCGACCGUUUGCUACAGCUGAAAUAAAACUGUUGCUCCUUAAUCUGA